CCGGUUGGCAGUAAAAGGUUAGCUGAAAGUAGUGUCCGGGAUUUGCUGAAGAAGCAAACCAGAGAGAGCUCAAAAAUCUGGUGAGGGAGAAGAGCAGUGUAGUUGGGUUAAAAGCUGAAAAUUAUAUGGGGAGGAUUUACGUGGUGGAAUUGGAAGGCAGAAGUUACAGAUGCCGGUUCUGUGAUGUCCCUCUUGCUCUCGCCGAUGAUGUGCUCUCUCGGUCCUUCAACUGCCGUCAAGGGAGUGCAUAUCUGUUCAGCAAUGUGGUGAAUGUAAUGCUUGGUCCUGAGGAAGAGAGGGUAAUGAUUUCUGGUUUGCAUACUGUAGAAGAUAUUUUUUGUGUCUGCUGUGGACAGAUUCUUGGCUGGAGAUAUGUAAUUGCACAUGACAAAAACCAAAAGUACAAGGAAGGAAAGUUUGUGCUAGAGAGAUGGAGGAUAGAGGAGGAUGUAGCGGAGGAAUUCAGUCUGGACUCCCGCCCCGGUUCAAGUGAUGCAGACUUUUGAUCAAGUUCUGCUUUCACUUAAUAAAAUGCAACAAAGCUCUCGUGGUUUAUAAUAAUCAUGUAUGCGAUUUCAUGAGAUAGUAAAAGAUGAUUGAAGAUGUCCAAUCUAUUUAAGGAUUUCUGCAGUGUAUAUAUAUGUUGGAUAAUCUCUCUACCGGAAGUUUAUAUUAUAUAUUUACUUGGAGCUGUCAUGUGUUUACUCGUUCUUAGAUUCACCAGGAUGCUUUAUAAUAAAACAAUGUGACCCAUUAGCCUAAUACAAUUAAGGCUUCUAGUAGUCAGUUCCAUGCUAGAGGGCGUGGUUGGUUGGUCUAGUGCGGCUAUGGGCUUGUAUUGUUCUACUCAUAUAUUGUGAAUUGUCCUUCGAUUAAUGUAAGUAUUCUAGUUUGUGGUAAUAAAUAAGAAGUUCGGUUGAUG